CUCAUCCAUUGCUUUGCAGUCUACAAGUGCUGACAGAACAAGGCAACAAAUUUCAGUUGUUGCCCCCUCCCAUUUUUUCAUAUUCUGCUCAACGUUUACUCAUAGCGCUUCUCAAGAGUUCUACGAAAAGGGGAAUCUGACAGAUCGGAACGUGCAAAAGUGGAGAUCGCUCCGGAUGCACUUUGAAAACUGUUGGGCACAUUUGACCGGUUGUACUUUUUUCAUUUAGGGAUUUCGCAUUUGGGAUUGUGUGAUGGCAGAGAAGAGGAGGUCGCCCUGUACAAUGAGUUUAAAAGCUCAUGCUUUCUCGGUGGAAGCCCUUAUUGGAGCAGAAAAGAAAAGAAAACUGGACAGGGAAAGGGCGGAUUAUGCAGAGGAGGCAUCGAAAAUUCCUAAACGAAAUGACAGCUUAGAGAGAAACGAAGGCAGCUGCAUCUGCGACAAAACCCCCGAGACUGACUGCAGGAGCGACGGGUCUACCGAGAGCGACGAACUGCUGCUGACGAGCCCCUCUCCUUCUGUCCCCACGUCCUCGGCGGUGACAUCUCAAGGACCCCUCGGCGCUUCAGAAGAUAUCAGAGUGGAUCUUCAGGGAGCAGAUUUAUGGAAACGUUUUCACGAAAUCGGAACUGAAAUGAUCAUUACCAAAGCUGGAAGACGAAUGUUUCCAGCUAUGAGGGUAAAGAUGUCAGGACUGGAUCCUCAUCAGCAAUAUUACAUCGCUAUGGACAUAAUUCCAGUGGACAAUAAAAGAUACAGGUACGUGUACCACAGCUCCAAAUGGAUGGUUGCAGGUAAUGCAGACUCUCCUGUACCUCCUCGAGUUUACAUUCAUCCAGAUUCACCUGCCUCUGGAGAGACUUGGAUGCGACAAGUCGUCAGCUUUGACAAGCUGAAGUUGACAAAUAAUGAAUUGGAUGACCAGGGACAUAUAAUCCUUCAUUCAAUGCACAAGUACCAACCGAGAGUACACAUUAUCAGAAAAGAGUGUGGCGACGAGCUUUCCCCAGUUAAAACGGUCCCGUCAGGUGAUGGGGUCAGAGCCUUCUCAUUUCCAGAAACAGUUUUCACCACCGUUACGGCUUAUCAGAACCAGCAGAUUACAAGGCUGAAGAUCGAUAGAAACCCUUUUGCCAAAGGAUUUCGGGACUCCGGCCGCAAUCGAAUGGGUCUUGAAGCUUUGGUAGAAUCAUAUGCAUUUUGGAGGCCUUCACUAAGGACAUUGACUUUUGAAGAUAUACCUGGAAUUACUAAGCAAGGCAGUCCUGGAUCACCUUCAGUUCUUCAAAGCACUGCUAAUGGGGUCGCCUCUACUCAUGCACACCUCCUCUCUGGUGCUCCAUGCUCCUCUCCUGCAUUCCAUUUGGGGCACGGCAGUGGGCAGCUGUGUGCUGUAAGCCCUGCUGACUAUGCACCUUGCACCCGCUCUGGAUUAGCACUCAACCGCUACAGCAACACUCUUGCAGAGACCUACAGUAGACUCACCAACCCCAGUGGUGAAACCUUUGCACCUCCAAGGACUUCGCCAUAUGUUGGAGUGAAUGGCACAAACAUGUCACUGACAUCAAGCGAUGGAGAUGCCUUCAGUUGUCAUCAAUCUGCUCUGCCAAUACAGAUCUCAAGUAUUCCAUCCUCUCAGCUUCAAUAUAUCAUGCCAGGCCCUGCUAGCAAUGCCUUCUCAGCUAAUCAAGGACCUCAAGGAGCUUACAACAGUUUCAGAAUUCACAGUCCGUAUGGUUUAUAUGGAUAUAACUUUUCGACAUCACCUAGACUUGCAACUAGUCCAGAGAAGAUUACAUCAUCCCAAGCAAACUUUCUUGGAUCUUCUCCCAGUGGUACAAUGACUGAUAGGCAAGUGUUGUCUCCAGUGGACGGGGUGCACAUGUUAACCAGUGGACAGCAGAAUAUUUUUGAUACAAGGACUUUAGGGAACUUAGCGACUUCUUCUCAAGUUCCAGCACAUAUGGUUUAAAAACUGUCAUAUGAAACAGUGGAGGAAGAUUUUGUAGUUGGAAAGUAUAACAGAGAUAAUGAAAAAAUAAACACAUUAAAACUUUUUUCUUCUAGAGUGCUGUUAUGCAUUAGGCUACAGAAAAUGAUGUAACGGUAUGAUGAAAUCAACAGGCACGAUACAAAAAAUGGAAAAUUUAGCCCAUGCUUCAUAAAUCUUUUCUUAAUAUCACUGAAAGUGGACCUUAUUUAUUCAGAAAAUCAGGAACAGUGAAAACCAGAAGGAUACCACCAUUACUUUUUUUCUUGUGUAGACCUAAACAUUCAUUCAUUUGGCAAUCAUAUUCACUAUGGUUCUGUUUUUGGUAAAAUGACAGAAAGAAAAAACAUCUUUCUUAGUCAUCUGCACAUUUAAUGGUGCAUAUAAACUUGCAGUUGAUAGUAAAAGCUACAGAUGAACUUAAGUAAUGUACAUUUAAAGUUUCCAGACAUCAUUCCUUUUACAACAGUAAUAAUGGUAUUUCUGACAGAGAUUGUAAGUCACAUGUUGUCACUUAGUUUAUAAAAUUCUAGUCACUGGCUGUCUCUUUUUUUUUCUUUUUUUUUUUUAAACACAAGAUUGUCGGAUGCUGAGACUUAUGAGGAAUACGUAUCUUAAUUUAACAAGCAUGUUAGUUAAUAUCUUAAAAAAUUAUAUCCCAUACAAAAUUGGUUCUCCUGAUAUUGCUUUGUGUGGGUAUUGGCUCCUCAAAAUCCUGUGGGUUUAGAAAAUGGCUGGCCGAAUGGGUGAGAAUGUGCAUUGUCAUGGAUCAUCCCGAACUGAAUCGCAUUGUUUAGGUUAACUUCUUAGGUUCAUGACAAGGUCUACAACUUAAUUUAUGUGGCAGUGACUGACCAAAAUAAGAAUAUGGUUUUUCUUAAAUUUAAACCGCCUUUCACCAUUAGAUAACAACAACAGCUAUGAAUAGUUUUCCGGUUGCUUAUAGUAAAGUUAUAUUCUGACUGCAAAGUGGCAUCUCAUAUUCAUGUAAGAUAUUGUUUGUGAAUAGAAAGUGAUAUUUCUUUAUUGUAACCUUUCAACAGUUUUUUUUUUGCUUAUUUUAUAAUUCCAUUUUUAAGCCUUCUUCUGUAUUGCUGCAGUUACAAUAAUGUGCCUUGCUUUUGUAUCCAAUAUCCCGAAUGUUCUAUUUUCUUACAUGUAUUUAAAAUGUUCUCACUCUGUGCAGUCAGUUGAAGAAAAUCACCAUUUUUAAAGAGUAUAACUCUUUAUUAAUGUGGAUGGAGAUAUAUAUAUAUAAUUAGUGCAAAGUAUAACUUGCAAUAAAAUUGUAAAUAAGUAAUUCACAUACUUAAUGUGCUGUUAUAUAUUUUUUUUUUAGAAAAAAUAGGCAAUAAACUGAAGAGGAUUUUACGUUUGUAAAAAGCACAAUUUUCAAAUCAUUUACAAAUUACCUAUUUUCUGAUUCAUUUAUUGUCAUUUACUAUGUUGAAAGAAAAAGCAGGCCUGAGGUUAAGGUUGGGAAUGCAAGUUUACUUCAGGUAACAGGAAUCUACACUUACACAUGAGCAAACACACACACACCUGCAUGCACACACACACGCGCACACACACGCGCACACACGCACACACACACGCACGUAAUGUACAAUUUAUAGUAUUGUCUGUCACAAAUUGCUCUGUGAAAAAUGAGUUGUUCUUUUGCAGUGAAUGGAAAAUUUUUAUGGGCUUAAUUAAAUUGCUCAAGAUAAAGCACAUUUGUUCAUUCCUUAUUCAUUUUAAUUUUGUUUUUAUGACACAUUUAAGAUUAUGGGUUGUUCAGAAAAAUUAAAAACGUUUCUGUAACUUGCCAUGGUUAUUAACUAGUGAUGAACUUUUUGACACGUGUCUUAUAUUUAUUUUUAUGUGUUGGUUAACCAGUAAUGUUCUGUUACACCAGACACUUUAACCUUUAGGAUGACAUAGACUCGUUAUCAUUGUCAUCCUCUGUUUAGAAGUAAUUUCUACUUCACAUUCUCAUUCAAACAAGACAGCCAUAAACUUUAAAAACAAUAUUCACUUUUUAUUUGGUAGUAUUUGACUUUGUAUUACUUUUUAUGUCAGAAUUUUUUUUUCAGUUUUCCAGUGGAAUUAAAAGAGUUUCUUUGUCAAAGUCCAAA